UUUAAAAAUAAUUGCAAAAUCAAUUUUAUUUUGUUUUAUUUUAAUUAAAUUAAACAAAAUUAAAAUAAUGGAUAAUUUUUCUGAAUUAAAAAUUAAUAAAUCUACAAAUGUGAACAAUAAUGAUUUAAUGGGAGAUGAAAAAAUUAAUUCAUUUAAUUGUAAUGAUUUAAUUAUUACCCUUUGCGCGCCCAAUGAAAUUAAACCUAAACCUACUGAUAUGAACAAAGUAAGAUUUGGUGAGUAUUUCACUGAUCACAUGGCGGAAGUUGAUUGGACAGAAUCAGAAGGAUGGGGCAAACCAAAAAUUUGUCCUUUACAUAAUUUAAGUUUACACCCAGCGUCAAAAGUUUUCCACUUUGCGCCAGAAAUUUUCGAAGGAAUGAAGGCUUUUCGAGGGGAAGAUGGUUCUGUUAGAUUAUUUAGACCAGAAAAGAAUAUUGCCAGAAUGCGUCGGGGUGCUGUUAGAGCUUCCCUUCCUGAUUUUGACCCAAAAGAACUUUUGUCGUUAAUUAUUUCUCUCAUUCGUAUUGAAAUUGACUGGGUCCCAAAUCAACCGUCCUCAGCUCUUUAUAUCCGUCCAACAUUUAUUGGGACAGAUGCUUCUUUUGAUCUAACAAGUCCAAAAAGUGCCAAAUUAUAUAUAAUAACAUGUCCAGUCGGCGCUUAUUUCAAGUCUGGAUUUCAACCGGCAAUUGUAAUGGCUGAUUCUAAAUAUACUAGAGCAUUCCCUGGAGGCGUUGGAAAUUAUAAAAUGGGAAGUAAUUAUGCCCCAACAAUUUAUGUUAGUAAAAUAGCUGAAAAUAUGGGUUGCCAUCAAGUAUUGUGGCUUUCUGGGGAGGAUGAAAAAAUAACUGAAGUUGGAGUUAUGAAUUGUUUUUUAUUAAUAAAAGAUAAAAAUGGAGAAUUGGAGUUAAUUACUCCUCCAACAGAAGAUGGACUUGUACUUGAAGGUAUAGUUAGAGAAUCUUGUUUGGAGAUUGCUAAAGAAUGGAAUGAAUUUAAUAUUAGUAUACGUUAUCCAACAAUGAAUGAAAUUAAAAAAGCAAUAAAUGAGGAAAGGGUUUUGCAAUUUUUCGGAACAGGAACGGCUUGUGGUGUAAUGCCGAUAUCUAAAAUUAUUUAUAAAAACAAUAUAAGUGGAGAAUUUGAAACAUUAAUAAUUCCAAGUUAUGAUAAAUUACCUGAAGAAAUAAAUAUAAUGAAAAAACUUUAUGAAACUAUUGGGGCUAUUCAAUAUGGAAAAAGUAAAUAUAAAGAGGAAUGGACUUUAAAAAUAGAUUAA